AUGGCUGAAGCAGCGAGGCAGUGUGAAUUAAUAAAAAUUCUUGAAGAAACAUCGUUAAAGGAACAGUAUCUGCAGGUCUUUAUUGAUAAUUGCAUUGAUGAUGAUGCAUUAAAAAUACUUGAUGAUGAAGGACUACAACAAUUAAUACCUAUAGUCGGCCAUCGCAUGAAAAUAAAAGCAGCAGUCAAAAAGUGGAAAUUGCUCAAUGAGUCGAAUGGUGCAUUAAUUUGCAACAGUUUAAGUCAAACGAAAAAUGCUGAUGCUGGCAGUUCAAUACAGGAAGAGGAUAUAAUAUCAGAGUCCUUAGAAAGCAUCAGGAAAUUUACAAAUUGCAGCAACAGUACUAGUUCUGAUGGCAGAGCAAUUUUAGCAGAGGGUAAAAGAGCUGAAGGCUUACUAAAAGAAAGCGACCCCGAGCUACCAGCCGGUCCUUGCGUUCGGGGCAACAGUGAUAUAACGCAAACUCGGACCUCCUUGAUUCUUUCCUAG